CUCUAGAGCCCAUGUCUUUAAAUAGGGUCCUUUCAGGCCUCAGUAACUUAUUGAAGGAUUGUAGUCGUCCAAACUCAACGGUAGCAGUUGGAAUGUGUCUGUCUGAGUCAAUGAGUACAUUUCAGACUCCUGCUGCUUCAGUCACGCUGGCUGAACUUGGGAUAGAUACCAGCCUUCAGAACACAAUGGACGGACAGGCAUAUGGGAGAGAUGGAACAAAAGUAAAAGCAUGGAUAGAGGGCGAAAAAAGAAAGGAUGACGACCUGGGUCAGAAGGAAAUGUUGGUGAUGGUGAAGGAAGGAUGUGCAGUGAAGGAGGGAUCAGCGAAGGUGAAAAUGGAGGAGAGAGGUCACUGGGGCAGCAAGACGGAAUUUCUUCUGGCCGUAGCAGGGAACGUGGUGGGACUAGGUAACGUGUGGAGAUUCCCCUACCUCUGCUACAAAAAUGGUGGAGGGGCGUUCCUGGUGCCGUACCUGGUGUUUGUGAUGACCUGCGGGGUGCCCUUGUUCCUGCUGGAGACGGCCAUGGGACAGUACACUCAGGAGGGGGGUAUCACCUGCUGGAAGAGGCUGUGCCCUCUGGCCGAGGGUAUCGGCUAUGCAGGGCAGUUGAUCCUCCUCUACAGCUGUAUGUGUUACAUCAUCAUUUUGGCCUGGGCUCUGUUCUACCUGGUCUUCUCCUUCAGCGCUCAGCUCCCCUGGGCAAGCUGCACCAACCCCUGGAACACUGAUGACUGUGUUGACUUCUCCUCUCAAAACCGUACUUUCAAUUGGACUGGACAGAUGAACUCAACCUCUGCAGCGACUGAAUUCUGGGAGCGUCGUGUGCUGGCCAUCUCGGGGGGUAUAGAGGAGGUGGGCAGUGUCAGGUGGGAGGUGCUGCUCUGUCUCAUCGUCAUGUGGGUCAUCUGCUACUUCUGCAUCUGGAAAGGGGUCAAGUCAACAGGCAAGGUUGUAUAUUUCACUGCUACCUUCCCCUACGCGAUGCUGCUGGUACUACUGAUCAGAGGCCUGACUCUGCCAGGGGCCCUGCAGGGGGUCCUGUUCUACCUCUACCCUGAACCAGACCGGCUCUCUGACCCCCAGGUGUGGAUGGAGGCCGGCUCCCAGAUCUUCUUCUCCUACAGUGUGGGAGUGGGCUCCUUAACCGUGCUGGGCUCCUACAAUACCUACAACAACAACUGCUACAAAGACUGCCUGUGGCUGUGCUUGCUGAACAGCGGCACCAGCGUGGUUGCUGGGUUCGCAGUCUUCUCAGUCCUGGGGUUCAUGGCUCAUGAACAGGGCGUCCCCAUUGAGGAGGUGGCGGAGUCAGGUCCUGGGCUGGCGUUCAUAGCGUACCCCCAGGCAGUAGCCAUGAUGCCCCUGCCUCAGAUGUGGGCUGCUUGUUUCUUCAUCAUGAUCAUUCUACUGGGUCUGGAUACACAGUUUGUUGCCAUGGAGGUGGUGAUGACGUCAGUAUCAGACCUGUUUCCCACAGUGCUGCGGAGGACUGGGCGCAGGGAGCUCUUCCUCCUCUUCUUCUGUCUCACCUGCUUCUUCUUCCAACUCAUCAUGGUCACAGAGGGUGGGAUGUAUGUGUUCCAGCUGUUUGACUACUAUGCCUGUAACGGAACAUGUUUGCUCUUCCUCUCUGUGUUCGAGUCCCUGGCCAUGGGAUGGAUAUUUGGUGCAGAGCGUAUGUAUGGCGUAAUAGAGGACAUGACAGGGAUGAGGCCUAACCCCGUCUUCAAGCUCUGCUGGCUCUACCUGACCCCUCUGGUUUCCCUGGUGUCGUUCAUCUGCUCUCUGGUGGAGUACCAGCCCCUGACCUUCAACCGCUGGUAUGUGUACCCAGGAUGGGUGUAUGUUCUGGGCUGGCUGUUGGCCCUCUCCUCCAUCGUCCUGGUCCCCGGGUGGGCCCUGCUGCAGAUCUGCAUCGGGACAGGCAGCCUUAGAGAGCGUUUCCUCCACUUGUGUCGGCCAGACAAUGACCUCCCGUUGACCCGGAAGAGAAAGGCUGUCCUCUGGAGCAGAGAUGGAGGUACACUCAUGACUGCAGCAGGGGAAAGCACAGACAACUGACACACACCCAGAA